AGGCGCUAUGAUACGGAAGGAUGUCCUCUACGGCGGUUUUGCAGUGAUUUGCCUGCUCGUGUACUACAAGCUCGAGGCACCAGCAAAUGCCGCGUAUGACUAUUGGCUCACCCUGGCCGCGGGUUUGCAAGUCAUGGGCUUUGCAAUGCUGGCCAUGGACACGACCAGCAGCGCGGCCGAGGGCUUGAGUGAGAAAAGCCUUUGGGCCUUCAUUAUCGCCCAUGUGACACGGAUCUCAACGACCGUGUGGGGCGAAGGCUACAUUCCCGAGGAUAACACCGGCGACGUGUUCCUCUAUCAAGGUCUCGAGGUCUUGGGCGUUGCCAUUGUGGUCUUCCAGGACUGCAGACUGUGCGGGAGAAGGGCAACAAUCAGCCUCAGGUCCCACCCAUGAAUCCGCC